CAUAUCACUCACUCACUGUCUGUACCCCAACUAGUUUCAAAAUAUCCGAAACGACGACCCUGACGAAUCCUUGUUUUAUCACCUGAAAUGGCGGCGGCUCUGCAGGCGAAUAUCCGACCGGUCAAGUUUCCGGCUACGUUAAGAGCUCUAACCAAACAAUCGCCGGCACCCUUUAGAGUAAGAUGCUGCGCUGUUAAUUCCGCUGGGAAAAAGCGAUACAACAUCACUCUCCUUCCCGGAGACGGCAUCGGUCCGGAGGUUAUCUCCAUCGCUAAAAAUGUGCUUCAGCAAGCUGGAUCCUUGGAAGGAGUGGAGUUUAGCUUUAGGGAGAUGCCUGUAGGAGGAGCUGCUUUGGAUUUGGUUGGAGUGCCUUUGCCUGAGGACACCAUCUCCGCUGCUAAAGAUUCAGAUGCUGUGCUUCUUGGAGCCAUCGGAGGGUACAAAUGGGAUAAGAAUGAAAAACAUCUGAAGCCUGAGACUGGUUUACUUCAACUUCGGGCCGCUCUUAAAGUCUUUGCUAAUCUCAGACCUGCUACUGUUCUUCCACAGUUAGUUGAUGCCUCGACCUUGAAAAAAGAGGUUGCUGAAGGUGUUGAUCUAAUGGUUGUAAGGGAGCUUACUGGAGGUAUAUACUUUGGAGAGCCAAGGGGCAUUAAGACUAAUGAAAAUGGUGAGGAAGUUGGGUUUAAUACCGAGGUCUAUGCUGCUCACGAGAUUGAUAGAAUUGCUCGUGUUGCCUUCGAGACUGCUCGUAAGCGACGUGGCAAGUUGUGUUCUGUCGACAAAGCUAAUGUCUUGGAUGCCUCGAUUUUAUGGAGGAGGCGAGUAACAGCAUUAGCCGCUGAAUAUCCUGAUGUUGAACUGUCACAUAUGUACGUCGACAAUGCUGCCAUGCAGCUUGUUCGUGACCCUAAACAGUUUGACACCAUUGUCACAAACAACAUUUUUGGUGAUAUAUUAUCCGAUGAAGCUUCAAUGAUCACAGGGAGCAUCGGCAUGCUUCCUUCUGCUAGUCUCAGUGACUCGGGACCUGGACUCUUUGAACCAAUACAUGGUUCUGCACCUGAUAUUGCUGGACAGGAUAAAGCAAACCCGUUAGCAACCAUCCUCAGCGCUGCAAUGCUUCUGAAAUACGGACUUGGAGAAGAAAAGGCAGCUAAGAGGAUCGAAGACGUGGUGUUGGGUGCUCUGAACAAAGGGUUUAGAACAGGAGACAUCUACUCCAAUGGAACCAAACUGGUGGGGUGCAAGGAGAUGGGAGAGGAGGUUCUGAAGUCAGUGGACUCCCAAGUUCAUGCUUCUGUUUAGUCAUUUGUAUAACUUUGAAGAGAGAUUUUUUUUCCAACAAUAAGUGUUUGUACGCAAAGAGAGUAUCAGCUUCAUCAGCCACAAUGUCUGUGAUAGUAUGUUUAUUAACGGGACGUAUUUGAUCACAUUGAAAGCUUUUUCUUUGAAGUUAA